AUGGCGGCUGAGAUAGCUCCUCGCACCGUGAACCCAUAUCCGAACCAAGUCAUCCAUGCCGACAUACGGAUACAAUCGAUUGACAACGAACCGGGCCAGAAUGGCGCAGUUUUGCAGAAUGGCGAGCCUGUGGUGGGCAGCAAACCAAGCACGGCAGACGCUGGUUACAAGGAACAGGCGGCUGUGAUGCAGGAAUGGUGGACCGAAGCCGUCGCAAAGAACAUGGACCUGCCCGAGGGAUACGCCAAAGUCGCAGUGUUGAUUGUUAAGUGGGCAGAUGAGCUGGACGAACUCAAGACCGGAGAUGAGGCCCGAGAACUCAAGGCCCUUUUCCAUGACCGCUUUCACUACCACACCGACAUCGUCGAGCUGCAUGUCGGCACCAAACCUCAACUCCAACUCGAUUCCUACGUCAGCGGCUUCCUUCGCGAUCACGACGGACCUGAGAAUCUGCUCAUUGUUUACUACACGGGACACGGCGUCUACAACGAGGAGAGGAAGUGCUUGGAGCUCACGGGCAGUCUCAGGAAUAAUCCAUUGUAUGGUAGAGGAUUUCGCAAGAAUGCUCGUGCAAGCUGGACCAAGGCCGAAGAUCAGUUGCGACACGAGGACGUAGAGAGCGAUGUCCUGACCAUCCUGGACACCUGCUACUCGAGCAACUUCGCCAAGUCCGGCAAGGAAGGGCAAAAGAAGUUUGAACUGCUCAGCGCCUGCGCGAUUGACCAGUUGACCGAAGCGCCUGGCAAAAAUUCAUAUACCCGUGCGCUCAUCGACGCCUUGGAAGAGCUUCACGACCAGGACCCCGAGGGACAAAUAUCGACCUUUCGUCUAUACCAGCGUAUCAAUAUGAAUCCGAGGCGUAAAGACACUCCCUCGCAGAUAUGGUCUCGCGGCAAGAGCACCCAACAUAACGACCAGCAUAUCUUCCUAGCGCCUCUAAAGCCAUCGAAAGUUAAUGCGUUCAAUUGGCGGCCUAAGCCUAAAAGCUAUUUGACGUUGCGUUUUGGUCUCCGAGAUCCGAUACUGAACCAGGAGCAGAUUGAUUUCAUGACCAAAACUCUAUCCAAAGCCUUCGGCAAUAAGGCAAUGGUCGGCCUGAGAAGGGUUGAUUGGGAGGGUAUUGAGGCUGCUCCACCAACGUCGGACUUCGAGCGAGUGGCGUCCACCAUGCGCGUCAUAGCGCAGUGGAAGAGGGUCGUUACUAAAAAGAAGGACUUCAGAGAGUCUCAGCAGAAGUCGGAGGCUAGCUCGGUGGCUGAGUCGCAAAAGCGCACGAACGAGGACGCAGAUGACCUUCCAGAAGCCAAGCGUCGGUACCUGGAUGCCUCGCAGCCUCCAUCACCACCCGUCUCUGACUCUUCGCAUCUCGACUAA